AUGAAUUUAAUUUUGUUGAUCAGUAAUGUGGUUGCACCCAUCCUCUCAGGUGUUGCCAUUACCACGAUCGGAUACUACACGCCCUUCAUGCUGCUCGCCUCCAUAAUUACCCCUAUCAGUUACGGCCUAGUGAGCACUUUUCAUCCAGACACGCCACAUCCGGUUUGGACCGGUUACCAGAUCCUGGCCGGCUUUGGCAUUGGUUUUGGUUUUGGCGUCCAACAGCCUCUCGUUGCCGUACAGGUCGUGCUCGACAUUUCAGACGUCCUUACAGGCACCACCCUCAUAGUAUUUAUGCAGGUUCUUGGUGGUGCACUCUUUGUGUCGGUUGACGAAAAUGUCUUUUCCAACAAACUCGUCCAGUAUAUCGUCGAGUAUGCUUCAGGAGUCAAUCCGGCGGUUGUUUUAGGUGCUGGAGCCAUAGGAAUUAAGCAAGUCGUUGACUCGGCAAACCUACCCGGCGUUCUGCUCGCAUAUAACAGUGUCACCACGCAGACUUUCAUUGUUGGCGCCGCUAUGGCCGGGGAAGAACAUUGGGAUGUAAUCCAAGCUGCCAUUUAA